UGUUAAACAACCUAAAUUACUGCCAUUUUAUACUUCCAUUUUAAAAUAACAAAAAAGAGUUUUUUUCACACUAUGAGUAUGAAAUUAACUAUGUUUUGAGUUUCGGACACAAAUAAGUGCUUGAUUGGUUUAACAUAAGGAAAUAGUGGAUUAUUUUUCACACUAGGAAAUGUAUAACUUCCACUUAACCUAGGUAUAAGUAAAAUUUUCCAUUCUUUAUAGAAAUUUUAAUACUCGUGUUUUCUUUUGUCAACCAAACUAACUUUUUAGUAAAAUAAGUUCAGAUUAAAUAAGUUAAACAUCGAUUAAUCUACCCACUUAAACUGUAAGAAUACUUUGUCAAGACUAGUAAUCUAGGGAGUGGAUUAAGACUUGUGACUUCCCACAUAACAACAAAAGAAUCUUUAGGAAUCCUAGAUAUUUUGUUUCCUUACGUUAUCUUCAAUCAUUUACAUACGCAUAAACAUUAUUUUGGGUUCAAACAAAACCAUUACUUUGAAUCUAUUUGGUAUCCUAAUAUCCUACGGCAACUACAACAAACAUCCAAUAUCUUUGCUGAAAUCCUAAAACAGGUGUGAGGUCCCUUUUUUCCUACUACAUCAACUAUUUAUCACUUUAUUUCUAUCACUUAACUCAAAAACAACAACAAAAAUGGAGAGAAGAAAGUUCCUAAGUUUACUUUCACUUGUACUUAUAACUUUCAUUGUUUUCAUCUUCAUAUUCGACAACCUUCCUUCUUCUACGAACUUCCACUCUGUUAACAAGGCGGCGGUUGAACUCGAGUUAGCUCAACCGCCGCCACGUAAGCUCACUCGCCAUGUCCAUGUGUCUGACAUGGCGAGUCACCCGUUGGACCCACUUACGGUCCAAGAGGUGAACCGUGUCCGGUCUAUUGUUACCACUCACGCGCUCUUUAAGACGGCUAAGAAGUACGCGCUUCACUCGGUUGUGUUAGAGGAGCCACAGAAACCAAGUGUUUUGAGAUGGAAGGAGGGUGAUCCACUUCUUCCUAGGAAGGCUUCUGUUAUAGCACGUGUUGAUGGGGGGACUCACGUGAUGAGUGUUGACUUGGGUUCGGGUCGGGUUGAGAUGGUUGAUGUUGGGGAAGUGUCCGGGUACCCGACUAUGACUAUUGAAGAUAUGAAUACGGCGACGUUUACACCGUUGGAGAGUAAGGAGUUUAAUCGGACGGUUGUGGAUCGUGGGGUUGAUUUGGAGGACUUGGCUUGUUUGCCCAUUUCUACUGGUUGGUAUGGUAAGAAAGAGGAGAAAAGGAGGUUGAUUAAGGUACAAUGCUACUCCAUGGAAGACACUACAAAUUUCUACAUGAGACCUAUUGAAGGAUUAACAGUAAUUGUAGAUAUGGAUACUAAUCAAGUGGUUGAAAUUUCUGAUAAUGGAAAAGAUAUUCCCAUUCCUAAAGCUGCCAACACAGAGUAUCGUUUUGCGGCCCAAAAAAAUAACAUCCACCAUAAAAUCAAGCCCAUCAACCCAAUAUCCAUUGAGCAGCCCAAAGGCCCAAGCUUUACUGUAGAGAAUGGACACAUGAUUAAAUGGGCCAAUUGGGAAUUUCACCUCAAACCCGACCCGAGAGCCGGGGUGAUCAUAUCCCGGGCCAUGUUCCGAGACCCGGAUACUGAGGAGCUAAGGAAUGUCAUGUACAAAGGGAUGGCCUCAGAGUUGUUUGUUCCUUACAUGGAUCCGAGUGAUGCAUGGUAUUUUAAGACGUAUAUGGAUGCGGGUGAAUAUGGGUUCGGGUUAACGGCAAUGCCACUUGACCCGCUUAACGAUUGUCCGAGAAAUGCAUAUUACAUGGAUGGUGUGUUUGCUGCUGGGGAUGGAAGGCCUUAUGUGAGAUCAAAUAUGGUUUGUGUGUUUGAGAGCUAUACGGGUGAUAUCGGGUGGCGACAUUCCGAGAGUCCGAUCACGGGCAUGGAGAUCCGUGAGGCAAGGCCAAAAGUGACCUUAGUUGUUAGAAUGGCAGCAUCAGUAGCAAACUAUGAUUACAUUGUGGAUUGGGAAUUCCAAACUGAUGGUGUCGUUAAGAUAAAGGUAGGAUUAAGUGGUAUACUGAUGGUGAAAGCCACACCAUACACGAACACGAACCAAGUACCGAAUCACGAUGACCUCUACGGCACCUUACUAUCUGAAAAUGUCAUUGGUGUUAUCCAUGACCAUUUCAUCACAUUCUAUCUUGACAUGGAUGUUGAUGGAUCGGAUAAUUCGUUCGUGAAAGUGAACCUGAAAAGGCAACAAACCUCCCCUGGAGAGUCACCUAGGACUAGUUACUUGAAAGCCACAAGGAGUACUGCAAAGACCGAGAAAGAUGCACAAAUCAAGCUCAAACUUUACGACCCAUCUGAAUUUCAUGUGAUUAAUCCGAAUAAAAAGACUCGGGUAGGGAACCCAGUUGGGUAUAAGGUGGUUCCUGCUGGCACCGCGGCUAGCCUACUUGAUCUCGAGGAUCCACCCCAAAAGAGAGGGGCAUUUACCAACAACCAAAUAUGGGUCACCCCGUAUAAUAGAAGCGAAGAGUGGGCUGGUGGGUUGUUUGUUUACCAAAGCCACGGCGAAGACACCCUCGCUACCUGGUCUGAAAGGGAUAGGGAAAUAGAGAACAAGGAUAUUGUGUUGUGGUACACCUUAGGAUUCCAUCACAUACCUUGUCAGGAAGACUUUCCGAUCAUGCCAACAGUGUCUUCAAGCUUUUCUUUGAAGCCUGUCAAUUUCUUUGAGAGAAAUCCAAUCCUCGGAAUGCCUCCGAACUUUGAAAAGGACCUCCCAGUUUGCCAGGCAGCUUCGUCAGCUUCUUGAAAGGGGUAUGAUUCUGAGCCUGAGUCUGUUAAUUAUACGUUGUAUGAUUCUGCAACAUGUAAGGCAAAUUCGCAAACUCAAGAUUCCUGAUAGUGAUACCCAUUGUAUAUAUGAAUCUCACAACAUGGGGAAUAAUAAGUUGCCCUUUUACUCUUCUGGUA